AAAAAAAUACGUAAAAAUGGCCAGAGGACCAAGAAAGCACACCAAGAGAAUUGCUGCUCCAAAGCACUGGAUGAUGUCCAAGUUGGGUGGUGUUUAUGCACCAAAGCCAAAGCCAGGCGCUCACGCUGCUAGAGAAUCAUUGCCACUUUUGUUGUUGUUGAGAAACAGACUCAAGUAUGCCGCUACUGCCAAGGAAGUUAACGUUAUUUUGAAGCAAAGAUUGGUCAAGGUUGACGGUUUGGUUAGAACUGAUAAGAGCUAUCCAUCUGGUUUCAAUGAUGUCAUCUCCAUUGAUAAGACCAACGAACACUUCAGACUUUUGUUCGAUACCAAGGGUAGAUUCGUCAUUCACCCAAUCUCUGAAAGAGAAGCCAACUAUAAGCUCUGUAAGGUUACCAAGAGAGGUACUGCCACUCAAGGUGUUCCAUACAUCCAAACCAACGAUGGUAGACUCAUCAGAUUCCCAGACCCAUCCAUCAAGGUCAAUGAUACCGUUAAGGUUGAUAUUGAAACUGGUAAGGUCACCAAGUCUGUCCACUUCGAAUCUGGAAACUUGUGUAUGGUCACUGGUGGUCACAAUCAAGGUCGUAUUGGUGAAAUCGUCAACAGAGAAUUGCACCCUGGUUCCUUCGAAAUUGUCCACGUUAAGGAUAUUGCUGGUAACAACUUCACCACUCGUGCCAACAAUGUUUUCGUUCUCGGUCAAGGACACUCCUCCAUGAUCACUCUUCCAAAGGGCAAGGGUUUGAAGUUGAACGUUGUUGAAGACAGAAAGAAGCAAAUGAGAUUGGCCAAGAAGUCCAAGAAGGCUGGUCUUAAGAAGAAGACUGAAUCCAAGUAAAUUCACUAAAACUAUUUAAAAUAAACAAAAUUUC